UACUCACCAAACCACAGCGAGGCGGAACCAUGAAUUAGUUUUUGUAUGUAGUCGGACGAAAGUUUCAUAGUCUGCAGUUACACUUCCGUUUCUGACAUUGAUCUGCCGGAGGUGUUUAUGAAAGUUAACGUCAGCUAACCCUAACCAUUCAAUUGUUGCCUUUUGUUUUCUUCAUUUGAUUGACUUGAUUUGCCUUUCUAGCUUUAGUGAUUAUCCCAGGGGGAGACUCGUGGUUUUAUUGUGGAAUCUUGAUUAUGGUGUAAAAGGAACAAUCUCUUUCUCCGAUACUGCAGCAGGUGUGGGUGUGGGCCGGCCAUGCUGACGCUGGCGAGUAAGCUGAAGAGGGAUGAGGGUGUUAGGGCUGGCCGGGCCCCUGGAGCACCCUCUGACUCUUCUCACAGGGUUUCCAUUCGGGACCGACUGCUCAUCAAAGAAGUUGCAGAACUAGAGGCCAACCUUCCCAAUACAUGUAAAGUCACCUUUCCCGAUGUGAACAAGCUUCACUACUUCCAACUGGCAAUUUCCCCAGAUGAAGGCUAUUACCAAGGUGGAAAGUUCCAGUUUGAAAUUGACGUUCCCGAUGCCUAUAAUAUGGUGCCUCCCAAAGUCAAAUGUCUGACGAGAAUUUGGCAUCCAAACAUCGCCGAGACUGGGGAGAUUUGUCUUAGUCUACUGCGGGAACAUUCAAUUGAUGGCACGGGAUGGGCGCCAACGCGAACGCUAAAGGACGUUGUGUGGGGACUGAACUCAUUAUUCACUGACCUUCUGAACUUUGACGACCCCUUGAAUAUUGAUGCUGCGGAGCACCACUUACGGGACAAGGAGGACUUUCGAAGCAAAGUUCAGGAUUUCAUCAAGAACUAUGCCAGAUGAUGACUGCAUUGGCUGGGUCUGCUGCACUGACUGACCUGCAUCUGCACAGCUGCCUGCCAGCCUUCACAAUUCCAGACUGCAAACGUAUCAAAAGACAAGGAAACUCCCCCGAAACAUACAAUCACAAAUUAAAAAAACAAAAACAAACAAACAAAAAAAAACAAAAAAAAAGAAAGAGAGAAAUAUGCUUUAUCACUCUGCUAUGGAUUGUAUUGCAGAUCCCCACUGAGAAUGAUGGGUUGUCAGAUCUUUCUAUCUAUGUGUCUUCACUUCAAUGCUCAGGGCUGUAUGACAAUGCCCAGUUUUGCUACUUUGGCUGGCUUUCUCAACCGGUUUGCUUUCAAAAUCGAUAAAGAAAAAAAAAGACAAACAAAAACCAAAACCAUCUGCUGGUCCUGACAAUGAUGAGACUGAUGUCAUUUUCCCAUGCCAGUGCCUCUGUAUCCUCACUACAUGUUAACUGAUACGUCAGUUACGUUGACGAAACAUUUUCCCCUCCUCCUCCUCUUCCUCCCCCUCCUGAUAGGCUACAAAUUUUACACCUUAGCGCCUACAAAUUCCAGAAUUCAUCAGCAGUGAUGUCAUAAUUGCAUCACUCAUUGAGAUCAUCACUUGUGGGAAGGACCCUGAUGUUGUAUACUUGGCCAGUAAGAUGCCUGAGUCUAGGUUCAACAACAAAAAUUUGGAGGGGGGAAGGGGAGGGGGUUCAGUGAAAAGGAGGGCUACGUAAAAGACCCAUCACCUUCGUACAUUAGAGCUCCUCCUUGAUUGUCAGUCACGUGAGUCUCUGCCCUCAUUUUAACCAUGCUGUUCACAUAUUGUCACACACAUGUGUCGGUGUCUUUGGCUGAUCCUCUGUCUGACAUAAAGAUUAAAAAAAGGAAAACAAAAACAGACUGUAACAGUUGGAAUGAGAAUGUGGAAUUUGCUCUCAUCUGCGACGUUUUGUCAGCAUGAGGCGUUUGCAUAUGUGUUCAGCUUUACAGAUGUGUGCAUGUUAAUCGUCGCGUGUACGUGUAUACAUGUAUGCUAGUGCUCUGUGCAUAUGUGUGUGAGUGUGUAUGUGAGCGUGUGUGUGUGUGUG